AUCCUCUCGUGUUCGUCAACACAUUUUGGCAGUUGACCAACCACAUGACGCCCCUCAACGAAACAGUCAAGGAGCUGCCGCUGCACAUCGACCUCAAGAACAUGGCCUUCUGGCAGUUCCAGAUCAUGGCGUCGAUCGAGAUGAAUGCCAAGGAGUCUGCCCGCCAGGCUGCCUUUGGCGCCUCGCUUCCCGGCGGCGGAGACGGCACCGAGAUUGAAAUGGUCAAGGAGAUUUUCAUCGACACCAACCCCAUCCUGCUCGGCAUCACGGCUUUCGUCACCGUCGCGCACCUCAUCUUGGAGACGCUGGCCUUUGGCUCCGACAUCGCGCACUACCGCAAGAAGAAGGACAACGUGGGCAUCUCGGUCCGCUCGAUCCUGGCCAACGUCUUCAUGCAGACCGUCAUCUUCCUGUACCUGCUCGACAACUCGCAGAACACGAGCUGGAUGAUUCUCGGCUCGCAGGUAGUGGGCAUCGUCAUCGAGUUCUGGAAAAUUACGACCGUGGUCGACGUCCGCGUUCGGCCGUCGCCGCCUGGGUCCUUGCUGCCGUACCGCGUGGUGUUUGAGGAUAAGCACAAGCUCACCGAGACGGAGGAGAAGACCAAGGAGUACGACGAGAUUGCCUUCCGCUACAUGUACAUGGCGGCGGUGCCGCUCCUGAUCGCCUACGGCAUCUACUCGCUCGUGUACGAGUCGCACAAGUCGUGGUACUCGUUUGUCAUCACCACGCUCGUGGGCUCCGUGUACACGUACGGGUUCCUCAUGAUGGUGCCGUCGCUGUACAUCAACUACCGCCUCAAGAGCGUCGCGCACAUGCCUGCGCGGGCCAUGAUGUACAAGUUCUUCAACACCUUCAUCGACGACCUGUUUGCCUUUACCAUCAAGAUGCCGAUCCUGCACCGGCUGGCCACGUUCCGCGACGACAUCAUCUUCUUCAUCUACCUGUACCAGAAGUGGGCGUACAAGGUCGACUACACGCGCGUCAACGAAUUUGGUCAGGGCGGCGACGACGACGAGCCCACGGCCGUGGUCAAGAAGGACAAGGAGGAGGGCGAGGCCAAGAAGCUUGCAGCCGAGGCGGUCAAGGAGACGGAGGCCAAGGCCAAGGCGACCGGCAGCGAGGCUGCCCAGAAGGCGACUAAGCGGAGGUGAUGCCGGGAGUCGGCGCCAUUGGGCAAACGGAGAUGACGAAGGCAAAACGGGCGAUAUAGACGGUGUGACUUCUGUGUAGGGAGUGCAAAGCAGAAACUUACAGUAUAGAUAGGCAACUCGACCGUCCCGUCCCUGCUUGAGCCAAGGAUGAAUGACAGUGGAGAGUCAAAGUCGAAGCUUUCCGUGGCGUCAAACAGUCGUCCCAGAUGCUGUAACGGAUUUGUGCCGUGCCGUUUCGACUUGGUUCAGACUUGGGAGACCCGGCCUUGCCGUGCCGGUCCUGACGGCGAGGCUAGACAGUGCCGAGAUGGUUUGAAACAUGCCGGGAUCUGCAUUGAUGGUGUGUCUAGCGCCUGUAGGUACGUAGCGUGGGACGGGACAGACGGGAGGAUGGAUGAGAGUGGAGGGAAACAGCAGCA